GAGAAAGAAGAAUAAAGAAAAAGCUUUAAAUAUAAAAUAACCAGUUUGCUGAUACCAAAAUCCACACAAAGAUAAAACAAGGAGAGAAAUGGCAUCGAUCAAUAUUGCAAAGCUGGUUCUGGGUUCUUCCGAUGGGCACAGGGGUAUCCCUGUAAUUGGGUUUGGAACAGCUUCAGACGACACUGGUCCAGCUCCCAUGAAAAUGGCAGUCUUGGAAGCUAUCAAACUGGGCUACAGGCAUUUCGACACUGCCUCUGAAUAUGGAUCCGAACAGGGUCUUGGGGAAGCCAUAGCCGAAGCUCUCGAACUCGGCCUUGUUGCUUCUCGAGAUGAACUUUUCAUCACUUCCAAGCUUUGGUGCUCUGAUUGCCACCUUCAUCUCGUUAUCCCUGCUCUGAAAACAUCACUUGGGAAACUUCAACUAGAGUAUCUUGACUUGUAUUUGAUACACUGGCCCAUAAGUGCAAAGCCAGAGAAAGGGAUAUUACCCCUUGAUGAAACAGACCUAAUGCCAAUGGACUUUACUGGUGUCUGGGCAGCCAUGGAAGAAUGUCAGAGACUUGGACUCACCAAGUCCAUUGGUGUCAGCAACUUCUCUCGCAAGAAGCUUGAGAACAUUCUCUCUUUUGCCACUAUACCUCCUUCUGUCAAUCAAGUCGAAAUGAACACAGGUUGGCAACAAAAAUGUUUAAGUGAGUUUUGUAAGGCAAAUAAUAUAACAGUGACUGGUUUUUCACCAUUGGGAGCUAAAGGAGCUAGUUGGGGUACCAAUCAGGUGUUGGAUAAUGAAGUGCUUAUAGAUAUAGCCAAAGCUAGGGGAAAGACUGUUGCUCAGGUUUGCCUUAGGUGGGUAUAUGAGCAAGGGGCAGGUGUUGUAGUAAAGAGUUACAACAAGGAGAGGUUGAAGCAGAACCUUGAGAUAUUUGAUUGGGCACUAACAGAGGUUGAUCUUGACAAGAUUAGUUCGAUUCCACAGCACAAAGAGAAUGUCAAGAAGGAUUUUAUUUCACCUGAACAUGGUCCAUACAAAUCACUUGAAGAACUAUGGGAUGGAGAGAUUUAAUUUAGACUAUGUGUUACAAAAAUAAAAAAUUUAUAUUAAUUAGUUUCUUAAUUUCCUCAUUCGAAUAAAACUACAUUCUCGAUAAUA